AUGUCAGAAGAGUUAUUGAGUCAAAAGGAGGUGAGCUUGCGAGAUAUGCAAGUAGCAGCCGUUCUGCGUAUGCUGUUUUUGAACCAAAGCGUUGCUAACCAGGACUUCGAAGACACGUAUAACCAAAGCGAAAUAUAUUGGAAGAUUCUUGUACUAGAUGCUCAAAGUACAGCAAUUGUAUCGAGUGUGUUACGUGUGAAUGAUUUGUUGAAGGCUGGUGUCACUGUUCACACUUUAAUUCGUGCCGAUAGAGCCUCCCUACCUGAUGUUCCUGCUGUUUAUUUCGUGGAACCUACAAAGGAGAACUUAGACUUAAUUAUUAAGGACCUAAAGGAUGAUAAGUAUGCAGAAUUCUAUAUUAACUUUACAUCGACUUUAGAACGUGAUCUACUUGAAUAUUUUGCUGAAAAUGUCUCUACGACUGGGAAGUCGGAGAGAGUGAAACAAGUAUUUGAUCAAUACCUAGACUUUGUGGUUACAGAACCUGAAUUAUUCAGUUUACAAUUACCAAAUACUUAUUCGUUAUUAAAUAACCCCAAGUCUAGUGAAGAAACCAUCGAUACGUUGUGUUCAACUAUUGCAAAAGGUUUAUUUAAUGUCUUAAUGACUACAAAUUCUAUUCCAAUCAUUAGAGCUCCUAAAAAUGGUCCUGCAGAGAUGGUUGCAGAGAAAUUAGGACAGUUGUUGAGAGAUUAUGUUAUGAAUACUAAGACUUCAUCCGUAUCUGUUCUACCAAAUAGUGACACUUUGGAGAGAUCUGUCUUGAUUCUAUUGGAUAGACAGAUCGAUUUUGCAUGUAUGUUUUGUCACUCUUGGAUUUAUCAAUGUAUGGUCUUUGAUAUCUUUAAAUUAAGUAAAAAUACUAUUACUGUACAGACUAUAGAUAAAGAUACACAAUUAGCACAGGAGAAAAGAUAUGAUUUAGAUCCUCAUGACUUCUUUUGGAGCCAGAAUUCUCAUUUACCAUUCCCUGAAGCUGCCGAAAAUGUUGAGAACGAAUUGACCAAAUAUAAAGAAGAUGCACAGGAGAUCACUAGAAAGACAGGUGUAGAAAAUAUUGCAGAUUUGGAUCCAAAUUCAAAUGCGGAUACUGUGCAGAUCCAAGAAGUGGUUCAAAGACUGCCGGAAUUGACCAAGAGGAAAGCUAUCAUCGAUACUCAUGUUAAUAUUUUCAGUGGUCUAUUAGAACAACUAGAGGAUAAGAAAUUGGAUACUUUCUUUGAGAUCGAACAAGACCCUAACGGUACCAAGAUGAGAGCAAGUUUCCAUGAUAUAUUAAAUGAUGGUAAGGUCAAUAAUCUACAGGAUAAGAUGAGAUCAUUCAUUGUAUUAUAUUUGACUUCAAAUGUUGGGUUACCAAAAGAUUUCAUCCAAGAAGUUGAAGAAUAUUUCAAGAAAAACGAGUUCGAUAUUACUGUAUUAAAAUAUAUUUACAAAUUGAGAGAAUAUAUGCAACUGUCUAGCAAAACUCUACAAAAUAAGUCAUUAGAAGAUGGGACCUCUAAUAAAGCUUCUACAGAGAAUAAUUUGUCAUUAUCAAGUCUUUACAGUCUAACUGAAGGUAGACUUCCAGGUACUGUUGGUAACUUAAUCUCUGGUAUUAAAAAACUGCUACCAGAGAAGAAGACUAUUCCAAUAACAAAUGUAGUAGAGGCUAUUAUGGAUCCAAUGAACAGUUCAGAGAAGAAUUUAGACACAACAGAUAAUUACAUAUAUAUUGACCCAAAGAUUACUAGAGGUUCCCACACCAAGAAACCAAAAAGGCAAUCGUACAAUAAAUCUGUUGUGUUUGUUAUUGGUGGUAGUAACUAUUUGGAGUAUCAAAACUUGCAAGAAUGGGCACAUUCUCAGUUACAUAACUGGAAGAAAGUUAUGUACGGUGGUACAAACUUGAUUACACCAAAUGAGUUCCUUGAAGAGAUAACCGCACUUGCUGCAGAGAACUGA